UCGCGCGCCACCGUGCGCGGUUUAAAUGGCCAAGCUCGGAAAUUGCCAGGGGUCACUUCGACUGUUGGUUUUUUUGGAGUACGUCGUCAACGCCGGCCGCUCCACACCCUAACCUUCCGUUUCCUAAACUCCCCAGAACACACGUUUCUGCCCAUUAUUUGGCCCAUCGCUGUACUCCAAGAUGUCCAAGAAGGCCCCAAGUGAGGAUGAAAAGUUCCUCUUCGUUGAUAAAGACCUGCUGAACAGCCCCAUGGCACAGGCGGACUGGUCGGCUAAAAAACUGGUGUGGGUCCCGUCUGAGAAGCAUGGCUUCGAGGCGGCGAGCAUCAAGGAGGAACACGGCGACGAGGUGCUGGUGGAGCUGGCUGAUAACGGCAAGAAGAUGACAGUGAACAAGGAUGACAUCCAGAAGAUGAACCCACCCAAAUUCAGCAAGGUGGAGGACAUGGCUGAGCUCACCUGCUUGAACGAGGCGUCCGUGUUGCACAACCUUCGUGAGAGGUACUUCUCCGGCCUUAUUUAUACAUACUCUGGCCUGUUCUGUGUGGUGGUGAACCCCUAUAAAAUGCUGCCAAUCUACUCAGAGAAGAUCAUUGACAUGUAUAAAGGGAAGAAACGACAUGAAGUCCCCCCUCAUAUCUACUCCAUCACUGAUAACGCCUACAGAAACAUGAUGCAAGAUCGCGAGGACCAGUCCAUUCUCUGCACUGGGGAGUCUGGCGCUGGAAAGACAGAAAACACCAAGAAGGUCAUUCAGUAUCUGGCUGUUGUGGCCUCCUCACACAAAGGCAAGAAGGACAGCAGUGCUCAACAAUCAGGAUCACAAUUGGCCUACGGGGAGCUUGAGAAGCAACUUCUGCAGGCCAAUCCAAUCUUGGAGGCCUUUGGAAAUGCCAAGACCAUCAAAAAUGACAAUUCUUCCCGAUUUGGUAAAUUUAUCCGUAUCAACUUUGAUGUGACCGGCUACAUUGUUGGAGCCAAUAUUGAGACUUAUCUGCUGGAGAAGUCUCGAUGUAUCAGACAAGCAAAAACAGAAAGGGCUUUUCACAUCUUCUACUACAUGAUUGCUGGAGCCAAGGACAAAUUACGUGAGGAGCUUCUGCUGGAGCCCUUCAGUAACUACCGCUUCCUGAGCGCAGGCCAUGUUCAGAUCCCCGGCCAGCAAGACGAUGAAAUGUAUGAAGAGACAAUGGAGGCCAUGAACAUCAUGGGCUUUACUGACGAGGAAAGAAUUGACAUCUUGAAGGUGUGCUCCACUGUCAUGCAGCUGGGAAACAUUGAGUUCAAAAAGGAGAGGAACCAGGAGCAGGCCACCAUGCCAGACAACACAGCGGCUCAGAAGGUUUGUCACCUGCAGGGCAUCAACGUGACAGACUUUACUCGUGCCAUCCUCACUCCCAGAAUUAAAGUGGGCAGAGAGGUGGUGCAGAAGGCACAGACCAAAGAGCAGGCUGACUUUGCUAUUGAAGCUCUGGCUAAGGCUGUAUUUGAGCGACUUUUCCGCUGGAUACUGUCAAGAGUCAACAAAGCCCUGGACAAGACCAAGCGUCAGGGGGCCUCAUUCCUGGGAAUCCUUGAUAUUGCUGGCUUUGAGAUCUUUGAGGACAACUCGUUUGAGCAGCUGUGCAUCAAUUACACUAAUGAGAAACUGCAGCAGCUCUUCAACCACACCAUGUUCAUCCUGGAGCAAGAGGAGUACCAAAGGGAGGGCAUUGAGUGGAACUUCAUUGACUUUGGCCUUGACCUGCAGCCCUGUAUCGAACUUAUCGAGAGGCCAAACAACCCUCCUGGUAUCCUGGCCCUGUUGGAUGAGGAGUGCUGGUUCCCCAAAGCCACAGACAUCUCCUUUGUGGAGAAGCUCAUGAACACACAAGGAAACCACAUGAAGUUUGCCAAACCUAAACAACUGAAAGACAAAACCGAGUUCUCUAUCCUUCAUUACGCUGGCAAGGUCGACUACAACGCCACAGCCUGGUUGACAAAGAACAUGGACCCUCUAAAUGAUAACGUCACAGGGCUGCUCAACAACUCCUCCAGCCAGUUUGUUCAAGAACUCUGGAAAGAUGCGGACAGAGUGGUGGGUCUUGACACUAUAGCUAAGAUGACAGACACCUCCAUGCCAAGUGCCUCAAAGACCAAGAAGGGCAUGUUCCGCACAGUGGGACAACUCUACAAGGAGUCACUCGCCAAGCUAAUGACCACACUGCACAACACCCAGCCCAACUUUGUCAGAUGCAUCAUCCCCAACCAUGAGAAGAGGGCAGGGAAGCUGGAUGCGCACCUGGUCUUGGAGCAGCUGAGGUGCAACGGUGUGCUGGAGGGGAUCCGAAUCUGCCGACAAGGAUUCCCUAACCGCAUAGUUUUCCAGGAGUUCCGCCAGCGUUAUGAGAUCUUGGCUGCUAGUGCUAUUCCCAAAGGUUUCAUGGAUGGUAAACAAGCCUGCUGUCUCAUGAUCAAACAUUUGGACCUGGAUCCCAACUUGUACAGGAUCGGACAGAGUAAGAUCUUCUUCCGCACGGGAGUGUUGGCUCAACUGGAGGAGGAGAGAGAUCUGAAGAUUACUGUGAUCAUCAUCGCCUUCCAAGCUCAGGCCCGAGGCUUCCUGGCCAGAAAGGCCUUUGCCAAGAGGCAACAACAGCUCACAGCCAUGAAAGUAAUCCAGAGAAACUGUGCUGCCUACCUCAAACUCAGGAACUGGCAGUGGUGGAGGCUGUUCACAAAGGUUAAGCCUCUACUGCAAGUGACACGACAGGAAGAGGAGAUGAGUCUGAAAGAGGAGGAACUGCUGAAAGCAAAAGAGGUCGCAACAAAGUUUGAAUCUGAGCUGAAGGAGAUCACCUUGAAACACGCAUCGAUUUUGGAAGAGAGGAACGCACUUCAGGAGCAGCUUCAGGCAGAAACAGAGCUUUACGCUGAGGCUGAGGAGAUGAGAGUCCGUCUUGCAUCUAAAAAGCAAGAGUUGGAGGAGAUUCUUCAUGAGAUGGAGGCCAGGCUGGACGAGGAGGAGGAGCGUGCCCAGGCACUUCUAGUGGACAAGAAAAAAAUGCAGCAGCAGAUGCAGGAGCUAGAGGAACAUUUAGAAGAAGAAGAAGAUGCCCGUCAGAAACUACAACUAGAGAAGGUUACCUGUGAAGGGAAGAUCAAAAAGCUGGAGGAUGACAUUCUGGUAAUGGAGGACCAGAACAACAAGCUGUUGAAAGAGCGCAAGCUGAUGGAGGAAAGGAUUGCAGACUUCAGUGCCAACUUGGCUGAAGAGGAGGAGAAAUCCAAGAACCUCACUAAGCUCAAAAAUAAACAUGAAUCCAUGAUCUCAGAACUAGAGGUCCGACUGAAGAAAGAAGAAAAGAGUCGGCAGGAGCUGGACAAGGCCAAACGUAAGCUGGAGGCAGAGUCGAAUGACCUACAGGAACAGAUUGCCGACCUUCAGGCUCAGAUCGCUGACCUUAAAGCUCAGCUUGCCAAGAAAGAGGAGGAAUUACAGAAUGCCUUGGCCAGGUUAGAAGAUGAGACAGCCCAGAAGAACAAUGCUCUGAAGAAGAUCAGAGAGUUGGAAGGACACAUAUCUGAUCUGCAAGAGGACCUUGAGUCUGAGCGAGCAGCUCGGAACAAGGCAGAGAAGAUCAAACGGGACCUUGGGGAGGAGCUGGAGGCCCUCAAGUCUGAGCUGGAGGAUACGCUGGACACCACUGCAACACAGCAAGAACUAAGAGCCAAACGUGAACAGGAGGUGACCCUGCUGAAAAGAGCCAUUGAGGAGGAAAACAGAACCCAUGAAGCCCAGAUCCAGGAGAUGAGACAAAAACACACCCAGGCGGUGGAGGAGCUCACAGAACAGCUGGAGCAGUCCAAACGAGUGAAGACAAACCUGGAAAAGGCUAAACAAGGGCUGGAGAAGGAGAUGUCAGAGUUAACCAUGGAGGUGCGCUCACUGUCCCAGGCUAAGCAAGACGGGGAGCACAGGAGGAAAAAGUUGGAAGGUCAGGUGACAGACCUGCAGUCACGCUUCAACGACAGCGAAAAGCAGAAAGCCGAGCUGGGAGAGCGCUGCUCCAAGAUCACUGUUGAACUGGAGAGUGUGACAGCGCUACUGAAUGAAGCAGAAGGCAAGAACAUCAAACUCAGUAAAGACGUCGCUACCCUUUCCUCCCAAGUUCAAGACACACAGGAGUUGCUGGCUGAGGAGACGCGUCAGAAGCUGCAGUUCUCUACGAAGCUUCGUCAAGCGGAAGACGACAAGAACAGCUUGCAAGAGCAGCUUGAGGAGGAGAUGGAGGCUAAAAGGAACGUGGAGAGGCACGUGUCCACCCUCAACAUCCAGCUCUCCGACUCGAAGAAGAAGCUAGAGGAAAUGGCAGGAAACAUUGAACUGCUGGAAGAAGGUAAGAAACGUCUGCACCGAGAUUUGGAGGCUGCCAACACCCAGUACGAGGAAAAGGCUUCGGCAUACGACAAGUUGGAGAAGACCAAAACCCGUCUGCAGCAGGAGCUGGAGGACACGCUGAUGGACCUGGACAACCAGAGACAGAACGUAUCAAAUCUAGAGAAAAAGCAGAAGAAGUUUGACCAGAUGCUGGCUGAAGAAAAGAGUAUCUCCAGUAAAUAUGCAGAGGAGAGAGACCGUGCCGAAGCCGAGGCCAGAGAGAAGGAGACGAAGGCCUUAUCCUUGGCAAGAGCUCUGGAAGAGGCCCAAGACUCCAGAGAGGAGCUGGAGAGGGCCAAUAAGGCCCUAAGGGCUGAAAUGGAGGACCUGAUCAGCUCCAAGGAUGACGUGGGAAAAAAUGUCCACGAGCUGGAGAAGUCCAAACGGGGCCUGGAAGCCCAGGUGGAGGAGAUGAAGACUCAGCUGGAGGAGCUGGAGGACGAGCUGCAGGCCGCAGAGGACGCCAAGCUGCGGCUGGAGGUCAACAUGCAGGCCCUGAAGGCCCAGUUCGAGAGGGACCUCCAGGGACGCGAUGAGAUGGGAGAGGAGAAGAAGAGGCAGCUCAUCAAGCAGGUUCGUGAGCUGGAGACAGAGCUGGAGGAUGAACGUAAACAGAGAGCCCUGGCGGCAGCAGCCAAGAAGAAGCUGGAGACAGACAUGAAGGAUCUGGAGGGACAGAUCGAAACCGCCAAUAAGGGACGAGAUGAGGCCAUUAAACAGCUCCGCAAGCUGCAAGGCCAGAUGAAGGACUUCCAGAGGGAGCUGGAAGACGCCCGCGCUGCCCGAGAGGAGGUGCUAACUACUGCAAAGGAGAGUGAGAAGAAGGCCAAGAGUCUGGAGGCUGAGCUCAUGCAGCUACAGGAGGAACUGGCUGCGGCUGAGAGGGCAAGAAAGCAGGCGGAGGCUGAACGGGAUGAGCUGUCCGAUGAGCUGGCCAGUAACUCCUCUGGAAAGUCAGCGCUGGCGGACGAAAAACGCCGCCUGGAAGCCAAGAUAUCGCAGCUGGAGGAGGAGCUGGAGGAGGAGCAGAGCAACAUGGAGAUCCUCAACGACAGGCUGAGGAAGAGCACGCAGCAGGUGGAGCAGCUGAACAACGAGCUGCAGACGGAGCGCAGCACCUCUCAGAAGAACGAGAGCGCGCGGCAGCAGAUGGAGCGUCAGAACAAGGAGCUGAAGGCCAAGCUGCAGGAGAUGGAGAACCAGGUCAAGUCCAAGUUCAAGUCCUCUAUAUCAGCUUUGGAGGCUAAGGUGGCGCAGCUGGAGGAGCAGCUGGAGCAGGAGAACAGAGACAAGCAGGUUGCUGCCAAGAGUAUGCGCCAGAAGGACAAGAAGCUCAAGGACCUGCUGAUGCAGGUGGAAGACGAGAGGAAACAGGCAGAACAGAACAAAGAUCAGGCGGAAAAGGCCAACGCUCGCAUGAAGCAGCUGAAGCGGCAGCUGGAGGAGUCGGAGGAGGAGUCCCAGCGAGCCACGGCCGCUCGCAGGAAGCUGCAGCGGGAGCUGGAUGAAGCCACGGAGGCCAACGACGCCAUGAGCCGCGAGGUCAACUCGCUCAAGAGCAAGCUCAGACGCGGGAACGAGCCGUCCUUCGGCAGCGCGCCUCGCCGCAUGGGCGGAGGCCGCAGGGUGGUGGAGGACGCCUCGGAGGAGGAGGCCGACUCUCAGGGCGACUUCAACGGAACCAAGUCCACGGAGUAGAGGGGGCCAGCCGCUUACGACGAAGAAUAACUAACACCCGUGCUAUUUACUUCUUCCAAGUCACUUCAAAAAUAUAUAUUUCUUCCAUCUUCAGUAGUGACCUGUCUUCUUGCACCUUUUUUUAACACAAUACAGUUAGAAAGACUUGAUAUCAGCUGGGUGACUUGUUUUGGUGGCUCUGCUCUGCUGAUGUGUGAUUUGCUGUUUUCAGAUUUUCUUUCAUUUACACCGACUUUGUACUGUACGGCACUCAAUGACUCAUUAGUCUUAUGCAAGGAUUUGUCCACGAAAAUAGGUGCUUCUAAUUACACUUACCUGCCAGCGAGGCCUCGAGUCUCCACAAUAAGUCACCAUGGAACCUGUAGUAGAGACGUUGUGUAAAUCUUCAGCUCUGUAACAAUCACUGAAUGUCGUUCUGAUGCCUGUGACUGCUGUUAGUGUUUCAGAGCAGCGCUGAAGUGGCUCAUCAGAUUGGAUAUGUGGGCAGAUGUUGCUUUUCCAGUCUACUUUAACUCAGUGCUGCAGUUUGUACCCCAACAAAUAUUUCCUUUGUCUAAAUUCACUGAUUUAUAUUACUUUCACCUGUAUUGUUUGUAGAGUUUAGAUCCCUCACAUUCCGGUGUUUCAGGGCAAAAAGCCUUUUCAGGUUUUUCCAAGUAGGAGCCACUCGGCUGCACUCACGUCUUAAAAAUGUCUUCCCUUGUCCAGAUUUACAAGUUUAAGCUCCUCCCCCAUUACUCCAAACCAAUUCAUUCUCAUUUGAUACGAUUAUAUGUAAUCAAUGAUGUUUACAUGACACCAUUCAUAUGUAUUAAUUGUUGAACCACUUGCACAAGAAAUAAAGGCCUUUUUAAAAAGCGUCAA